CUACUGCAAGUCUGCAACACACACACAAACAACAUACACAUAUAUACCACAUAUAAUAUACCGUACGAAGAAUGAGGCGGAGAUCGAUUUGCUCGGCUCAACCGACGAAGAAUCUUGGAGGCCUUCAGCCUGUUGAGCCAACCAAUCCAAAGAUCCAAGAGAUUGCUGCUUGGGCUGUUGAGGAGCACAACAAAGAACAAGGGACAUGCCUUGAGUAUGAGAAAGUUCUGAAGGCAGAACAACAAGUGGUUGCUGGUAUGAUGUACUACAUUGAACUUGAGGCGGCUAAUGGUUGCUUGAUGAACAAGUAUUUUGCUAAAGUUUUUGAUCAGUCAUGGACCCAAACCAGAAAGCUCGAAGAGUUCAAGUGUAUGCGCCAAGACAAUGAACGUAUCGCCAUUGCCAACUAAUCUUCAACUAAUAUUGCAUGUUAAUAAAUAGGACAUAGGAGUUUGAUAGAUGUACUUGUUACAUCGAAACUACUAUGAACUACUUCUAUUUCGAAAGUCGUCUUGCAUGACCUAAUUAUGUUAUGUAAACUACUAUGAACAAUCUAAUUUAAAUGCAUGAACCAUCUUUGCCAUGAAG